GUUAUUGACUGCAUUAAGCACAGCCGACUUUUUUAUUUUCUUUUUUUAAUAAAUACUUUUUAAAAAAUAUGUGUGUGUGUGUGUGUGUACUAUAAAUAUCUAGGUCAUGCCAAGCAUUUAAUAUAAAAAAAAAAACAUAUUUAUUAAAUAAUUUAAUCUAUUAUUCAUAAAAGGCGUGUAUUUGAGCAUUUCGUAUCCAAUAGAACAGCAGAAUUGUUUUUAUCCAAUCAGAAAACCCUACGAUCGGGUCAACGUGUUGCUGUUUAGGCGCGCGCAAAACCUGGAAUCAGCCAAUCAUCGAGCACGUUCCACGUUCCAAAGCAUCAUUCAGAACCGCGUUGGAGUUCAAAGCUACGUCACAUUCCCGGAAGUGGACCAGCAGUGUUACAGACGUAGCUGAGGAUUAAACGAGUAGAAACUCACAGACUUUAUUCACAUUUUGCAGAAAAGCGUUGUUGUUUCCUUGAUGGAAAGGUAAGCAGAAUGCUGAACAUGAGGCUCGGUAAAGCAGGACAUCUAGACUGAUGGCAGCGAUAACGGUGUUGCGUCACGUCAGCGCUAGUCCUCUGCUAUGGGGCUGGGGGCCUGUUCUCUUCAUCCUGUUGAGCUCGGUGUUGGUCCUGCUGCUGCCUCUGGUGGGUGUGGAGGAGAAUUGUUGUGCCAAACUGAAAGGCAUCUCCCUCUUGCGCUGCCAUCUUUGGGGCAACACCCAUCGUGCUGUGGGGCACUCGACCAGCCUCACCGUACCCUACACUGCGCUUCAGCUACUACCUCAAAAGCCCAAGCCCAGCAAAGAAUCACAGUCGGAGGCAAAGGCAGCUCUUCAGCAGGCCCUGGAGAUGAAGAAACAGGGGAAAAAGGAGAAGGCGCACAAACUUCUCAUCCACGCGCUGAACAUGAACCCAGACUUUGUGGACGCCCUCACUGAGCUAGGCACCAUCCUAGAGGAGGAGAAGGACGUGGUCCAGGCCGACCACCUGUACAGCAAAGCGCUCGCCAUUUCACCCUGCCACCAGAGAGCGCUGGUGAGCCGUGAUCGCACACUACCCCUAGUGGAGGAAAUUGACCAGCGUCACUUUGGCAUCAUAGACGCCAAAGUGCAACGUCUUAUGGCCAUCCCAAAAGGCAAUUCUGCUCUUCGUCGGAUCCUGGAGGAGACUUAUUACCACCACAUUUACCAUACGGUGGCCAUCGAGGGCAACACGCUGACCCUGUCUGAGAUCCGGCACAUCAUUGAAACACGCUACGCCGUGCCGGGGAAGAGCCUGCACGAGCAGAACGAAGCUAUUGGUGUUGACGCUGCCAUGAAGUACAUCAACACCACGCUACUGUCGCGCCCUGGAGCCGUCACAGUCAACGAUAUCCUGGAGAUCCAUCGGCGAGUGCUGGGAUACACUGAUCCUGUGGAAGGGGGGCGAUUCAGAGCUAGCCAAGUGUUUGUAGGCCACCACAUUCCACCGCAUCCGAACGAUGUGGAGCGGCACAUGCAGGAGCUAGUACAAUGGCUUAAUUCAGAUGAAGCUCUGCACCUUCAUCCUGUGGAAUUUGCUGCUCUGGCGCACUACAAACUCGUCUACGUACACCCAUUCGUAGAUGGGAACGGAAGGACGUCAAGGCUUCUGAUGAACCUAGUGUUGAUGCAGGCAAAUUACCCACCAAUCACCAUCCGGAAAGAGCAGAGGGCGGAGUAUUACGCCGCCUUGGACACCGCUAACGAGGGUGAUGUUCGGCCGUUCAUUCGUUUUAUUGCCAAGUGUACAGAGAUCACACUGGACACGCUGCUCAUAGCUACCACUGAACAUGCAGUGGGUUUGCCUGAUGCAAGCAAUCAGGCUUGUUCUAACUGUAAACAGACUAUAACGGUGCAUAACUGAAGUGAUAUUAGUGAGUCAGAGAAUAGUCCUGUUAUAACGACCGUUUUGGUCACUUUUGGACUCUUGUUCUGCUCGAUAGUCACCAUUAUUGCAGUGCUUUAAUGAAACUGGCUCAUUAAAGAUGGAGCUCCAAAAAGGCAAGUCAAGAUGUGUUAGCAAAGGUGCAGUCCAUGCCGCCAUUUAAAACACCAUUCUGAGCCUGUAUCAUGCUGCCACUUAACAAGUUCUUCAUCAUUUGGUGCUCGAGACAGUCAAAUAGUGCAUCAUUUUUGACAAUACUCUGAAUUUCCAUAUAGGUUAGUUAUUUCUUUCUAAUGUAGAUAAAUGGUUUAUAAAUACCUUUUGUAUUUUGAGACUUUCCUCGUUCUCGGGAGGAAAUCAAAUCAAGUACUUUACCUUCAGCCUGCCUGUAUCAAAAAAAAAAA